GUGCGAGGCGAAACGUGAGGCUUGCUCCGUGUUGUCUCCGCAGAUAUCGAUUGGUCCCCGGCGUGGGCUUCGCGCGCGUCAUGCGGCGAUCAUGAGCGGCGUGCCCCCGCGCCACGGCGACGACGACGACGACGAGGCCCGGAUCGCGAGCGCGCCGCGGCCGAUUUAGCGCGAAGGACUGUCAACUGUGUCACUUUAAAGUAUCAUUACGGUUUCUCGCACAUAAUGGACCAUGCGCCAAGUACAAGUGAACAUAUAAAUAUGGAGAUUGUAAAGCAGUCGUACAUUAUCUGUGGUACUUUUUUUCAGGAGGUGAUGUGGAAAUAUCAAAAGUUCUGGUUACUAUAGACUUUCCAGUACGCAGCUGAGACUAACGAGACUUGAGAUGGACUCUCCGCCGUCAUGUUCGCUAAGCGCUGGGCCUCUUAGUGAUCUUGGUAGCAGCGGCUUGGGGGGUUCAAUUUCCAGUGACUCCGUUCGAGCGCAUCUUGCGAUGGAGAUGCAGGAAAGCGAUAUAGAGAGCAAGUCUCUGUCGCAAGAUUCCUUUGAUUAUUCGGACGGCAUGUGCGGCGAGAACUUCAACACUUUGAAAAAGGGCCCGGGCUGGGGUGACGCGGACGGCAAGCUGGAGGUCGAAGUGGUCGACGUGGCGAUCAAGCCGCCGCCUGAAUUUCAGGACAGUCCGUCGCCGCCGGACUCGGAAUCCUCGUCGGCGCCGAUUCUCAACUACGCGCGGCUAAUGAGACGAAGAAUGCCGCGCUGGGUAGACGACUACGCCGAGAGUCUGGUGCAAUCGGUGGUGGAGGAGGCGCUAGUGAUUUCUUGCCGUAUCUCCUGGCCGGAGGGAAGAAUCGCGCCCGCUGUCAACCCAGUUCCGGUGGUGACGCGGGCUCAGCAGACCAAUCCUAAGCGCAUGUGGGAUCUAAUGACGCCGCCGGUCUGCCAGGGUGCCGCCACCAUCACCAUCACCCCGUAUAAUACACUAAACCGGCCGAAUUCACGCUGCUCGCUGGCAUCCUCGCGGUUGUCCAGCUCGCACAAUUCUAUCAACACCACCGGGCUUGGACACAAGGCCGACGACAGUAGCUUCAUCACGUCGGCGAUGUCGCACGAUGUGCUGACCACCAGCGAGAUCAGCGACAUGUACAACGUGCCGUUUGACUCGGACAUCUACACGGUGCCGAUCGACGUGGUGCGGCCGCUGCACGAUCUGCGAACGCCGCAGCGGCCCAAACGGCACCGGCAUCAUCGCAAGAGACGCCGAAAUGUGUCUGCGAGCUCGCAGAGCGAGCUGGAGGCGCACAUCCAGCAGGCGCGACACUACUGCGGCAAGUCUCGUGCCAUCACGCAUGUCAUUAAGUCGCAGCGUUUGCUGGCCGACGUGUGCUGCAACGACGGCAAUCCUGGCGGCGGCGGCAAACGACACAGCGUGCCAGGUACUUCCGGCCGUCACGGUGUCAGGACGUCAAAUGGACACGCGCACAACAUCGGCGAGCCGAUCCACAUGACGUUGCACGAAGUGCGACAGUACCUGCAGACGCUGUACUCGAGUUCCAGUGACUCCAGCGAGAACAAGAUCAAGCGAGACAAGGCGCCGCUGCUGGUUCACACACCGGUGCACCUUGCCGCGACGCCCAAGCCUCUCAGUGUAAAUAACAAUAAUAGGUAUAACAGUAACGCGCACACGGACUCGUCCACGGACACGCCGGUGUCCAACAAGAGCACCAGUAACGGGCUGAUGAUUCAUCACCACCACCACCAUCAUAACAACAAUAACAACAACAAUAAUCACAACAACAAUAACUCGAACAAUGCGAAGAAGCACAAGAGGAAUGCGUUCGUCGGCAUCAGGCACAAGAAGGCGCGCGACGAAUCGCACAAGGAGAAGAGCGAGUCCGAGCGGGAGAAGAUGAAGAAGAGCCAGCGCAACUUUUCUCUCAAUCUCAAACAGACGCUGUGCAACAUCUUCCGAUUCCGACGGCUGGGCUCGCCGGAUCAUUUCGUGGAGAAGCGGAACAGCAUCGUGCAGGGUGAGAUCGUCGAGGAGGAGGACGGCGUCGAUUCCGAUCAGCACGCGAACAACAACAACACCGCUCCGUCCGAGACGGAGCCGUCCGCGCAAAAGCUGCCGUUCUUCAAGCGCGCUCUGCCGCCUCUGCCGAAGAGCAACGGCCAGGUGGGCGUGGAACAGGCGGAGGAGGCCCUCACCGCGAUGGCGCCCAAGUGCGAGUCCCCGAGCUCGGUGAAGCAGCAAGUCCCGCCGCCUAUCGUGCGGCCCGAGGAGGACGUCGCGGAGGAUACGAGUAUGGACUUUGCCGCCAGCAUCGAGAAAGUGAAGGAUUACGGAUGGUACUGGGGACCUAUAUCCGGCGAGGCAGCCGAGAAGAUACUCUCCAACGAGCCGGACGGCUCGUUCAUCGUGCGGGACAGUAGCGACGAUCACUACAUCUUCUCCCUGUCGUUCAGACUCAACAGUUGCGUGCGACACGUAAGGAUAGAACAUGAUCAGGGUAAUUUCAGCUUCGGCAGCUGCACGAAGUUCAAGUCGCACACCAUCGUGGACUUCAUCGAGAACGCGGUCGAGCACUCGCGCAGCGGUCGCUACCUCUUCUUUCUGCACCGGCGACCGGUGCUGGGCCCGAUGCGGGUGCAGCUGCUGCAUCCGGUGUCGCGAUUCAAGCAGGUCCAGAGUCUGCAGCACACCUGCAGAUUCGUCAUUCUGAAGAUGGUGCGCAGGGACCUGAUCCCGACCCUGCCGCUACCCCGCCGGCUCAUCGAUUAUCUCAGCACGCCUCAUUACUACAGCGAGCAGUUGGCGGCCGAGCAGGACGACCGGGCCGAGUCGCCGGUCAGCUCGUCGACCGGCGAGCUGGAGAAGAUCUGCUUCACGCCGCAGGGCCUGUCGUGAGGUACAGCCGUGUGACUUUCCUCUCCCCCGCUCCGCUCUCUGUGCAAAGAGACUCUCGCGCCGAACGUCGUACCGAGCGGCGUUGAUGCAAAUUCAAUUCGCAGCUUAUGUGUAAUUGAAUUUUCACGAACAUGUAGAAAUUUGCAUUGCCGCUUGAUUCAAUUUCUGCCGACGCGCAAAAGUUUCGUAGAUCGUUCGAUUGAGUUUCGGUUGACGUGGAGCACCAUCCGUCGCUACAUUAACACGUUAUUGGCACGCGUUAAUUCACUUCGCGGCUCAAUUAUUUGUUCGCUUACGUGCCAAGGUUUAUCUUCUUACUCGAACGAAUUUGCGCUAACGCGCGAGCAAUUAAUUUUAUUUAUUUUGAUUUAACGUUUAUUGGCGCGCGAGAAUUUAAGAAUUUUUUAAAUUAUAUUUCGAUUAAUGUUUAAUCGAUGAUUUAAUGUUUGCUAACGUGCAGAAAUUUAAUUGGUUGAAUUAAAUUUUCGCUCGUAUGCUAAAAUUUAAUUUGUGGCCCGAAUUAGAAUUUCGUUAUCGUCGACGUGACAAACGUAAAGUUAACGAUUUUGCGCCUGUGAUUUUUUUUUAUUUUGACGAUUUGCGGCGUAUCCAUUCGUAAAGUGAGUAUUGUGAUUAAACUUGAAAGUAGAGGAACGUAGAGAAAUUUCCGUGUGCACACCGUAUAUCUAAAGCUACAAGUUAUGGUCGUCUCAAGUUGUCUGGUUUGAUUAUCGAGGGAAAGGAAUCGAUUUCAUUCCGUUUUCGGACAGGAGCUGCGAUAUCGCGUGUUCGCUCUACGCGUGCUGAGAGACAUUCCGAGAUAACGUCGGUCGUGUUUUCCUUCUUCGAGAGGCGAACGGAUGCGCGAUUCCGCGCACAUUUGCGUCGCGGCUAGAUCGACGGAUCAGCGAUGCUGUGUCGGCAUUAACCAAAGCGGGCAAUCGAGGAGACAUUUCGCGACGAAAUCAUUUCUUCAUCCCUUGUCAAAUGUCGCUUGACGAUCACAUCUCUGUUGCCGUUAAUUUAUACAGUACAAUUUUUAGAGACAAAGAGGAAGAGAGGCGCGCGAUCGAGCUGAGCAAGCAAGUUCUGUAUAGUCCCUUCUAGUUCAGUUCCUUUUCGUCGACUUGUAACAAAUGGCAAGAUUACAUGUGACAUAAACAACGCACAAUAUCCGUUUAUACGUACACACAUAAGUACAUAUAUAAAUACAUAAAUAUAUAAAUAUACAUAUAGAGAGAGACAGCGGUCGGAUGAGAAACUUCUCCUUGCGUGCCAUAUUUGCAUUUUCCGUUGAAGCUUGUGCGCGCGUUAACGUCGGCAUUUCGUUGCAAUGCUCGCAGACUUACAUUGAGCGUCUAUACGUUGCAGCCGAGCUUCCGGUUAAACUCGACGGUGAGAUGAGCUGUAAAUGAUGAUCCCCUGAUCAUUCAGGAUGUAUCCGGAUGUGAUUGCAUUAAAUUCAGAUUAACUAUUAGAAGACGAACUUAACGAACACAGAGAUGAGAGCUGUGGUGCGAAUCGCAUUUUGCAAAGAUCCCUCUGUUCUUUUAACGAAUCGAUCACGCGAAAUCAUCGAAAGUUCUCUCGAUUAUAAACUCUCGCGGACUCUAUGUAACCAAAGGGAAUUCCGGCAAUUUUAGCAUAAAGGAUCGCCGAAGUGUGCGACUCGAGCGUUGCACGGUUGCUCGUUCGUUUAAGUAGCCGCCGAUUUUACGUGCGAUCGACAGUUUAGUUGACGAGAGGUGGCGAAACACAUUAGUGAUCUGGUGCUAUGCGAAAUUGUUCUAGCCUUUAUUUUCGUGUGUUACGCAAUUAGUUGAAGUAAUCGCGCGUUUAUUCUUGUGCUCGAGCGAGCUUGAGGCGCAAUUGUUUGUGCAAUAACACUGGUCGAAACAAAUCGAAUCAAUCGUGGAGAUACCGCGUUCUAUUUACUUGCGUUUCCUUCGUUUCUAAAUAUUAGUUGCGUACGCUAGUUUCAAUUGUACAUACGAACUCGUUUCGAGAGAGUUACAAAGAAAGUGAUGCGAAAUUUCCAAGCUUUUCCGAAAUAGAGACUUAUUCCGACCAAUUUUCAUCUUUCGAUGUUCCCUAGAGCUUAACAAACGUGGCAUUAGUAUUGCAAUAGAUCUUCCAAAGGAAAAAACCUGCGACUUGUAGCCGAAUAUCGUGAGGACGUGUUCAGCGAAUACGUAGACCCACUUUUCUCUCUUUUUUUUUUUCUGUUUCUUUCCACAAACCGACAUCGAGGAGUGGUUUCGUUAACUGAUUUAUUACUUCGCAAGUGCAAGCUGACAUGAUUAGCUUUGUCUAGGAAGUGUGUCGCUUGAAAUUCCAUUUUUGCGUAUUAAUUAACAAACAUACAGACAUACACACAAACACACACACAAACAUACAUACGUACAGACACAUGACAAAUUUUGUAUUCACCAAGUAGAUUUUGCAAUACGAUUACUAUUAAUAUUAACGAGAUCGUCCAAAAGGGACUAGGCGAGUCCCGAGUGGGGUUCAUAAGGCAUGUGCGUAUAGUUAAUAAUGGCACCAUAGUACCUCACAGUCACAGAGGGAGGUAUACGUAUAUAGAGCAGAAUUAGUAAGGUUUUAUAACGAGCGUAUUUAUGUCGGCACAAGUUGUACACAUACACACACACACACACAAUACACACGCGUACAUAUAAACACACAUACACAUACACGGAUGUAUGCCCUCGUCUGCGAGGAAAUUCUAGCUGUUAAGAGAGCGUGAGCGAAUUAUUUGAUAAGAUUGCGUUUGAGGGGUCAGUUGCAUUAACAAGCAUGGUUAACUAAUGCGAUUCUAGUGCUAGUGUUAGAUUAGGGGAGCAAUAUUCGAUUAGCUGCGUUUUAACCCUUAGUUAGUCUUAAUUAAUUUUAGUUCGCAACUGCAACUCGGUCGAUUUAAAUUGAAUUGUCUUGAAUUGAGUUUUUCAAUUCUUAGUUUCAUCCAAGUCGACUUGGUCAAUCGAGGGACGAUUUAAUUUAUAUCGUUACAAUCUCGUUGAAAUUACCGGCGAUCGCGAACGCGGUUAGUGCAAUUGUCCCUGAGGUUUAAUUGUACUUUGGUUAAUUAACUCUCUCCGUAGAUUGUACAAUCCUUCCCCUUCCGCCCCUCCUAGCCGAUAGUGUGUAGAUAAGAAUGAAAGUUUAAUUUAUUCGCAAGGUAGCGUUAAUGAAUUAUUUUCGUUAGCCACAGUUGAUGCAACCGACUCUAAAGAAUUAAUUGUAAGGAAAAACGUAGCGUUCUGCGCCAGGCGGAGGCCUUCCGAGGCUACAGCGUGCCGAAGCUAAAUGUAAUAAUUACUCUCCGAUGGAGAGCGCCCAAGGCGCCUUUCGAAAAUGAACAAUCGAGAUUAGACAGACGACAAAACUCGAGUUUAGCGCUAAAGUGCGGCACGUUCGCGGCCCGAGCGGGGGCCUCAUCCAGGUAGCUCAAGCCCCCGUUUUCGAUCGCGCGAUUAGGCGACGGGAAGUGUACGUGUCAAACGUUUUUGUAUAUUUGUAACACUUUCGACGGGCGCUGCGAGGAGCGAUUGCUUUUGAAUGUACACUUCUUCUAGCGAAAUGUGAUAUUACUGAUAAACGGGCCGCGGGCCGCGAUAUCAGACCCGUCUCGCCGCAAGCGAGCUAGCUGCGAACGUUCAGGCCUAAUCGAUUGUUCAUGCACAGAAUGUCUCGGCACCGUUGCGUAAGUCGGCUUUCCGAUCGAUCGAUGAUGCGAAGCGUGAUAACUCUCUCCUACACCUUGUAAGCCAAACGAAGCUUCCAACUUUCUGGUUGUGAAAAACAUGAAAUAAAUCCUUUCGGAGGCCCGAUCGACGGUACAGUCGCUUGGCGCAGAACGUAAGAUGCAUCCUCUCUCUGAUAUGCCAAAGUAUAUGCAGCUGUGCUCAGAGUACAACAUCUGUGUAUUCUCGUUCGGCGAAUUAGAUACGUAAUUUUGCGUAAGAAGAUUAUUUAUUACGUAUACGUGCUGUGUUUCAAGGCGGAGAAUUUGAGUCUCGGAAAUUGUUCAGAAUAUAGGAAAAGGGAUCAAAAAGUAUUACGAUAAAUAAACCUACAAGAUGUUGUACUUCGGCUGUAUGAAGCAGGUACAUUAAAACCUUAUUAUUUAUGUAUAAUUGCCGAAUGCUAGUCACAAAAUACUGCAUUUCUUCAGUUGGAUUUCAAAUUAUAUUGUUUACUAAUAAAACUCCAAUUCACGUGCGAA